UCCAAGCGACCAGGCCCUUCUCUCUGUCUGCUGCUGCCAGAGCCAUUUUAGGAAUGGGCAGAUGGGGAGAUGAUGGCGGGAAGCAGAAGCUCACCCUGCGGGAUGUGGCAGAGCUAAUUCGGAAGAAGGAGUGUCGCCGAGUGGUGGUGAUGGCUGGUGCUGGGAUUAGCACCCCCAGUGGCAUCCCGGAUUUUAGGUCCCCGGGGAGCGGCCUCUACAGUAACCUGGAGCAGUACAACAUCCCUUACCCAGAAGCCAUCUUCGAACUGAUGUAUUUCUCUAUCAACCCUAAGCCCUUUUUCACUUUGGCCAAGGAGCUCUACCCAGGCAACUACAGACCCAACUAUGCCCAUUAUUUCCUGAGACUCCUGCACGACAAAGGGCUCCUCCUGCGCCUCUAUACCCAGAAUAUUGACGGGCUGGAGAGAGUUGCUGGGAUCCCUCCCGAUAGACUGGUGGAAGCCCACGGCACCUUUGCCACUGCCACCUGUACGGUCUGUCGAAGGAAGUUCCCAGGAGAGGACUUCAGGGGCGACGUCAUGGCAGACAAGGUCCCUCACUGUCCCGUCUGCACUGGAGUCAUCAAGCCUGACAUUGUGUUCUUCGGCGAGGAGCUCCCGCAGCGCUUCUUCCUGCACGUGACAGACUUCCCCAUGGCAGACCUGCUUUUUGUCAUCGGAACGUCCCUGGAGGUGGAGCCCUUUGCCAGCCUGGCAGGAGCUGUUCGCAGCUCCGUUCCCCGAGUCCUGAUCAACCGAGAUCUCGUAGGACCCUUCGCCUGGCAGCAACGCUACAAUGACGUAGCCCAGCUGGGGGACGCGGUCAGUGGAGUCGAGAAGCUGGUGGAGCUGCUGGACUGGAAUGAAGAGAUGCAAACGCUAAUUCAGAAGGAAAAAGAAAAGCUGGAUGCAAAAGACAAAUAGGACAGCUGGCUCCCUGCUGCUGGAGGGCGACGUUCA